GUCCGGCCCGACGGGCGGCGCCGGAGACAAGAAAAGGAUCAGUUCAGAACGCAGAAAGGAGAAGUCUAGAGAUGCAGCCAGGUGCCGGAGGAGCAAGGAAUCUGAGGUCUUCUGCGAACUCGCUCACCAGUUGCCUCUUCCCCAUCAUGUGAGUGCACAUCUCGACAAAGCCUCUAUUAUGAGGCUAACUAUCAGCUACCUGCGCAUGAGGAAGCUGCUUGAUGCAGGUGACCUGGAGGAAGAAGCUGAAAUGGAGACGCAGCUGAAUUGCUUCUACUUAAAAGCCCUUGACGGAUUCGUCAUGGUCCUCUCGGAGGAUGGCGACAUGGUCUACAUGUCUGAAAACGUCAACAAGUGUAUGGGACUCACGCAGUUCGAGCUGACUGGACACAGUGUGUUCGAUUUCACUCAUCCGUGCGACCACGAAGAGCUGAGAGAAAUGCUCACGCACCGGAAUGGCCCCGUGAAGAAGGGAAAGGAGCCAAACACAGAACGUAGCUUUUUCCUCCGAAUGAAGUGUACGUUGACCAGCAGAGGACGAACAGUCAAUAUAAAAUCUGCCACGUGGAAGGUACUUCAUUGCACGGGGCACAUCCGUGUCUACGACAACGGCAGCAGUCAGACCGUCUGCGGGUACCAGAAGCCCCCCAUGACGUGUCUGGUGUUGAUCUGCGAACCCAUCCCUCACCCGUCAAACAUCGAAGUCCCCCUGGACAGCAAGACCUUUCUCAGCCGCCACAGCCUUGACAUGAAGUUUUCGUACUGUGAUGAAAGAAUUACAGAGCUGAUGGGGUACAAUCCUGACGAGCUCCUGGGCCACUCCGUAUAUGAAUAUUACCACGCCCUGGACUCUGACCAUUUGACCAAAACGCAUCACGACAUGUUCGCCAAAGGGCAGGUGACCACCGGGCAGUACAGGAUGCUCGCUAAGCAAGGGGGCUAUGUCUGGGUUGAGACGCAGGCAACGGUUAUCUACAACACUAAGAAUUCCCAGCCCCAGUGCAUCGUGUGCGUGAACUACGUCUUGAGUGGCAUCGUCCAGAAGGACCUGAUCUUUUCGCUCCAGCAAACGGAGUGUAUGUUGAAACCGGUGGAUUCGUCGGAGAUGAGAAUGACCAAACCACUGGGCAAGGAUACCCUGGAGGACAGCGACAGCCUCUUUGAAAAACUGAAGGAGGAGCCGGAUGCGUUAAUCUUCCUGGCUCCCGCCGCAGGGGACACUAUUAUAUCGCUAGAUUUCGGCACUGACGAUUCUGACGAGCAACAGCUCGAUGACGUUCCUUUGUAUAACGAUGUCAUGCUCCCCUCGUCCAGUGAGAAAUUGCAGAGCAUACAUUUGGCAAUGUCCCCGCUGCACGCUUCAGAAGACACAAAGCCGCUGCGGAGCAACGCAGAUCCAGCGCUCAACAGGGAAGUGGCGUCCAAGCUGGAGCCCAGCGCGGAGCCGCUCGAACUGGCUUUCUCGAUCCGCCAGACGCAAGAGCAGCCGGCCACCCCUUCCGACGGGAGCACCAGCCAAAGCUCACCCGAGCCCAGCAGCCCCGACAACUACUGCUUCAGCGUGGACAACGAAAUGGCCAGCGAGUUCAAGCUGGAGCUGGUGGAGAAGCUCUUUGCCAUCGACCCGGACUCGAAGAACCCUUUCUCCAUGCAGGAAACAGAUUUAGACUUGGAAAUGUUAGCGCCCUACAUCCCCAUGGACGAUGACUUCCAGUUACGUUCCUUCGACCAGCUCUCUCCGCUGGAGAGCAGUUCGUCAAACCCUCCUUCCAACGUUGCCAACCCUGCCCUAUUGACGUCUGCUCCGAUGCCAUCCGCUGCCACAGACGAGAUAAAGCCCGCGCCCGGCAAACAUCCGGACGACUCAAAGAUGCUCGCCGUUCCCGUUCAGAUCACUUUAGAAAAGAUCAGCCCUCCAGCCUCACCGUAUGUGGAGAGUCCGAGCCGAACCGCGUCGCCCGUCAGAACGGGGAAGGGCAUGGUGGAGCAGAAAGGGAAAUCAAGUCCGGGAACCCCAAACAUAUUAACAGUCACGUUGGGUAAAAGUAAAUCGACCGCAACAAAUGAAGACCUCAAUCCAAAGAUCAUAGCUCUGCAUAAUAUCCAGAGAAAACGGAAGAUGGAGCAGGACAGCUUGCUUUUCCAAGCGGUGGGAAUUGGUGCUUUGUUGGCGCAGUCGGGGGGUCCCGGAGCAAACGUCUCGCUGGCUUGGAAGCGCGUAAAAGGGUGCAGGACGAACGGACAGAAUGAGGUGGCCGAGAAGACCGUCAUUUUGCUGCCGUCCGAUAUAGCCAGCAAGCUCCUAGGGCAGUCAAUGGACGAGAAGGGGCUCCCGCAGCUGACCAGCUACGACUGUGAGGUGAACGCGCCCAUCCAAGGCAACCGAAACCUGCUGCAGGGCGAAGAGCUGUUGAAAGCCCUGGAUCAAGUCAACUGAGCCC